AUGAUGAUUUUGUCUUGGAGAAGAAGAAAGUCUACCCGCCACGCCAACAAGAAGAAGGAGUUUUUUGCUGGCGAGAAUUUGGACAUGGAGAUGGAGGAGAUCGCUGUUCCCACGCAUUUUCGAUGCCCGAUAUCUCUCGAUUUGAUGAAGGAUCCGGUGACGCUGUCGACGGGGAUGACGUACGACCGAUCAAGCAUUGAGAAGUGGAUAGAGACCGGGAACAGGACAUGCCCGGCAACUAACCAGGAACUCAAGAGUUUUGACCAAUACCAAACCAUGCACUACGUCGAAUGA